CAUGAGAUAGGAUCACAGGAAGGGAUCCAUGGUGACUGCAAAUUGAGGCACACAGAGCACUUUGCUGUGCACCGUGGAUACAACUUGAGCACUGAUCAGAAAAACUGGAAACUCAGUCCUGGCAAACCCAAAGGCUGCAGAUGCUGUGUACCAAGGGAGUUUUUGAGGACUGAGAGCCCAGCCAUGCUGUCCAGGUAGGCUUCUGGCAGCUGGGCACAUAGCAGUUGUCACUGGGUUGCUGUUACAAGAAAGGUGUGUGAUGUCCUUUUGUCUAGAAGUGGGAAAUGUGAAACAGGAGCAGAGAGAAAUCUGAUGUUGUAGAGAUAGACUGCUAGUAACAGUCCUUCGGAAUUGAAAAAGAGCUGCAAGUCUAAAAAUGAAAUAACUCCUGCUUACAAAUGUUUAGGUCAACUGUUAGUAGUUUCUCUAACAAGUAUUUUUAAAUCAAUAGCCAUGUAGUUGAUAAAGCAAAGAUUUGAUGGAAUAUUCCAGCAAGGCUGAGUAAGGCACAAUUGUAGUUGAAAAUUCAAACCGUGAAAAACAGGCACAUUUUUUACCAAGUGGGAUAAUUAAUCAUUAGACUACCCUGCUGCCAGGAUGGGUUUUUCCCCGCUUUCAGUGUGGGCCUCACUGCAAGACAGGACUGGCCCAGGUCUAGCCAGGAUGCCUUUUGCUGUACAGAAGCUUUACAUGUUGACUUGAGGUUGUCCGAAACGCUGUGAAGCUCAAAUUACCUGUGGAAUGGUUCCCAGCCUUAAUUAUGGGCUAGCGGGGCAAGCCCCUAUUUUGUCCUUAGUUCAUGUGAGGAGGGACAUGGGGCUGCGAGCAGCACCCGUGGUCUCCCAGCGUGGCAGCCGCCAUUCCCAGCCUUUCUUACAGAAUGCAAGUCCUGCGAGGAGCGGCUGAGGGAGCUGGGGUUGUUUGGUCUGGAGCAGAGGAGGCUCAGGGGAGGACCUUAUUGCUCUAUACAGCUGCAUGAAGGUGUGGGGAGCUGGGGGGUGGCCACUUCUCACAGGUAACUAGUGAGAGGACUAGAGGGGAUGGCCUCAAGUUGCACCAGGGGAGGUUCGGGUGGGAAAGGAGGAGACAUUUCUGCUCAGAGAGAGCAGUCAGGCACUGGGACGGGUUGCCCAGGGCAGCGAUGGAGUCACCUUCCAUGGGGGUGUUCAAGGAGAUGUUGGACGUGGUGCUUGGGGACACGGUUUAGUGGGUGACAUUGGUAGUAGGGGAUGGUUGGACCUGAUGAUCUGGGAGGUCUCCAACCCGCCGCCCCCAUGUCUCCAGCAUUCCCUCCCUCAGCGCCCUCCCGCGGCUCCUCGGGGCGCUGCGUGAGGCGCGGUUGUUGCCGCGGCAACGGCCGGGAGCCCUGAGGGGAGCGGCGGCGGCCGGGCCGGGACCGGGGCCGGGACCGGGGCCGGGACCGGGCGGACCGGGCGGACCGGGGCUGGACCCGGUGCGGCGGCGGCUGAGGUGGGCUGGGACGAGGAGGGCCGGGCCGGGCCGAGGAGCUGCUGGGGUUCAGGGGCUGCUCCUGAGGGGUCGGGAGGAGGGCUCGGUGCUGAGGGGAGCCCCUCAGGCAGCCCCCGCGUCCUCCUCUUGUUGCUUUGGUGACAGGGAAAAGUCACCGUAAAAAGACAGGGGAUUCCCUCCUGUCACUUACAGCCAGGUAUGCUUUACAAAAUAGGCUGUUUCUUAAAAAAAUAAAUAAAUAAAUACAGGCUCGGCAGUGGUGAUCUGCAUGGUUUGCCAAGGUUCCUCUUGACCUUAAAACUUUUUAGUAACACGGAGUAAGGGUGUUAUAAUUUUGUACCACCUCGGCAGAAAGACCAGUGUUAAAGGAAGGAGGGAAAAAUGUAAAUCUGUUGGAGGAGCUCACGUCGGAAGGCUUACGGAGCAGGAUGGUGCAGAUCUGCCUGUGAAGGGGGAGGAGGAGGCUGGUGAUGAGCGCCUUGGGUUUGCCAGCCGGCAGUCAGCAGUAAGAAUCAAUUGCCAAUCCAGAAAAAGAACCAAUGUCUCUGGAGAAGGAAGAAGAUUAAAUUCCACAAAGUCUAAAUACAGAAGGAUUAAACAAAAACUUUCAUGCAAUUCCUGACAAUGAUACCAAGGAAGACCUGGUAAAUUCAGCAGAGUCCUGAAGCAGCUGCCCCAACUGUGAAAAGUUAGAGUUGAAAUGUCACAUGAAGUUCCUAAAGCAGAUCAGGAAAGCCAUAAAAUGACGGAAAAUGAAUCAAAAAGUGAUUUACCUGCAGAAAAGCAUGAAUAUGAAUCCUCAGCUGAGAGAAAUGUUUCCACAGUGCCUCAGGGUAUCCCUGAAGCAGGUGUGAGGAAGCUCAGUUUUACAUCAGAUACAAAAGACGCUGAGGAACUGAACCAAGAGCUUUCAGAAGCUUUCAGUGCCAGACCAGACACAUUAUCAUCAGCAGAGAAUCCUGAAAGCACUGAAAAAGGAUCAACAUUUUUGAUGCCUGAAGGAAAAGAUGAUAAUUUUACACUUAGACUAAAUGAUAAAGGACUCCAGGAUAUGCCUGUGCUCAUUUUUGAAUGUCAAAAAUUGAAACGCUUGUUCUUACACAACAAUGAACUAAGAACACUACAUUUAAAUGUAGGACUUCUAACUAAUCUGGAGAUCCUGUUACUUGAAAGAAAUAGACUGACAUGUUUGCCACCAGAAAUAACAUUUCUUCGUAAAUUAAAAGUAUUGAAUGUCAGUCACAACCAGUUACUGAAUCUCCCUAAAGAAUUUUCAAAGCUUGUAAAUCUUCAGGAACUUUUUCUGAAUCACAACAACAUGGAUGAAUUUCCUUUUGCACUGAGAAGCCUUGAAACAUUAGAGCUUGCUGGGAACAAGCUGAAAACUUUGCCAGAUGCCAUGGUUGACAUGGAAAAAUUGAAGGUAUUCAACAUUGAUUCCAAUCACUUCUCAAUAUUUCCAAGGGUUCUCUGCUACCUUCCUAAUCUAGUAAAACUCAGCAUAUGUCAGAACUCAAUUCAGAGUUUACCAAAGGAUAUUAAAGAACUCAAGAAACUAGAAGAAUUUUCAAUUAGUAACAAUAAGCUUAUAUUUCUGCCUGUGCAGUUUUUCCAGUUGACAAAACUGAAAGACUUCAGAGUUGAUGAUAACAAAUUGGAGUAUCUUUCAGAUAAAGUGGAGAAUUUAAGAGAACUUAGGUUUCUGAACCUUGCAAAAAAUUUAUUCAAAAGCCUUACAGAUAAUCUUUGCAACUGUACCAUGUUGAAACAUCUCAUUAUACAUGAUAAUCAGUUAACCCAGCUCCCUGCUAAUAUCCACAGACUUAGAAAUCUAAAGGAGCUCUCUGUAAGUAGGAAUCAGCUGGACUCACUGGAUGAGCGAGUAUCCCAUUUAAAAAACCUCUCCAAGAUAGAGCUUUCAGGAAACGCAUUGACAUACGUUCCUGUUGAAUUAAAAGAUUGCAUACGGAUAACCAAAGCUGACCUCAGCUAUAAUAAGCUCUCUCAGUUUCCAAAUGCUUUGUGUGCUUUAUUUGAUCUUAAAUACUUAAAACUUAGUGGCAACUCUAUUUCAGAAAUAAUACCUGGAAUUUCCGAUAUUAAAGAUUUGGAGCAUCUAGAGUUAAACAAAAAUAAACUGUCCUCAUUUUCUGCGUGCUUCUGCAGCUUUACAAAACUAGUUUACUUGGAUUUAAGUGAGAAUGAAAUCAAUAGCAUACCAGCCGUGGUAUCUGAGAUGAAGUCUCUCCAGGUGCUUCUGUUACACCAUAACAAGUUUGACUCAUUUCCUGAAGAGCUGUGUACUUUAAAGUUUUUAAAAGCACUCGACAUGUCAAAUAAUCAGAUAAAGACUAUUCCGUUAAAAAUUAGCAAUCUGGAAGCAAUCAAAGACUUAAAUGUAUCAGACAACCAGUUUGCAUCUUUUCCUUCUGAAGUAUUUCAUCUGUCCUCACUGGAGAAAUUGACCGUGUCUCAAAUGAAUGGGUUGAAGCUAACUCAAAUUCCAGAGGAGUUAUCUAAACUGGUUUGCCUCCGGGAGCUUGACAUAUCUCAUAAUGCGUUAAAGGAAAUGCCAGAGAGCAUAGGGGAACUGGAAUAUUUGGUCCAUUUAAUUGCAAAUAAUAAUGAUAUCAGCCAGCUCCCCAAGUCUAUUACAUCGCUAAGAAAUCUGCAGCACCUUGAUCUGAGUGAAAAUCGACUGAAAUCUUUGCCUGCUGGUCUUCAUCACCUUCAUAUGCUGAAAGAUAUAAACUUCGAUGGAAAUUCUCUGUCUGAGCCACUGCAGGAUCUGUGCAGAGGAAAGCAACUGUAUCCCAUUCUGUGCUAUCUGGAAAGUGCCAAUGAAAGAGACGAGAAGAUACUGCGUAAGAUGAUAGAAGUGAUUGCUGACAACGUUGCUUCUGAAAAUUUUGAAUUUUUCUGUCAGAAACUGCAACUUCGUCAGGCUGACAUCAAGUCUCUGGAAAAUACCAGGGCUCUUAUGUUGAAAGAGAAAAUCAUCAAGGCACUGGACGUUUGGAUCAGUGAAAACCAAGACCUAACUUAUGCUGAAAUGGUAGAUAAACUGAUCAGAAUACUAGUAAUGACAGGCAUGUAUGAUCUAACCAACGAAGUGAAAGCUUUAAAACUCUAUUCACAAAUGGUGAAAUUCUAAACAAGGAAUACAAAGAGUGGGUAUGAACAGAACAAA